GGAUGAAUUAUUCUUUUUGAGCGUGUGGAAGCGUCUCAUAAAUUAAAAUGCCCACUGUCGAAAAAACGGCACCUCGCUUGUUUGGCGACAGGGAUGUCAUGACGGCAUGUUUGAAGAAAAUGUGUUGAUCGUGAUGGUGGAUCCUCAAGAUACAUAAUUUAGUUUUCUUCCCCAUACUUCCUUGCUCAUGGCACUCACGAGAUAUGCCGCAGCGACUUUAGGGAGUACAGUCAGAUGAAGUUUCGACUGACGUCCAGAUUCUCCAGGAGAUGAGCCAAUGAAAUUCCAAUAGUUUGUAUUCUUGAUGGAGCGUACUCUCUAUCUGCUAAUAUGGGCUGGACUGAGAAUCUAGCUGUAUGCACGAAUUUCCCCGAAACUGCAUCAAUCACGCAACUACCGGUCCCGACAAUGUGAUACCACCCCCACUACUAGAACGGAGUGCGGCAUCCUGGGUGCAGACACAACUUCUUUGAACAAAAGCUCAUGAGUGAUUGUAAUUCUUCGUAUCUGAUAUCGCUGCCUCCUCUGAGCUUUCUGAAAAGAGAUCAAGUUACUUGGGCCAAGAAACGAUGCCGCUCCCUCUCUCUCUACUUGCCGAAUGCACGGCAUUUGUCCUUGUAGGACUUUGCCUCAUCGUAAGUCAUAGUCUCCUUCCCUAUAACAGUUUUGCAAAAGCCUAAAAUCUGAAACAGAGAAUUGCUCGCGAAUACUUCUCGCCAUUGUCAUCUAUCCCCAAUGCAGGAGUAUGUGCACCGUACUCUCGACUGUUAUGGGCUUUCCCAACAGAAUUCAGAGGACGCAUAACCUUAGAUCUGCCCAAACUUCACCAGAAGCUCGGUAUGCUGAAGCAUAAUAAUUUGAACAGAUUGUACAACUGACAUAAUCCUAGGCCCUCUGGUUCGUAUCGGCCCAAAUGAAGUUUCAUUUUACUCCAUGGAAAUGUAUGAUGCGGUUCACAAGGUGAAUAGCAGAUUCAAGAAAGAUCCACGGGUAUAUGGAGAGUUUGUACAAGGUGGCAGUCCUGCUUUGUUCUCAAUAACGUAUGAUUCUUUGAACUUAAUAGUCGGACAUCAACUAAUCUUCUCAGUGACCCCGUGGAACAUUCAAAACGUAGAAGACUCAUGGGUCAAUUAUUCAACCGUAGCCAAAUGCAUAAAUUAGAAGGACUGAUGUUGCAUCAUAUCGAAGGUUUUGUGCAAAAUAUUGCAUCGAGCAGAGAUGGGGUGGAUUUGUUACCAGUAUGUCGCGCACUCGAAGCGGAUAUUAUGUGUAUUAUUGCCUGUGGAAGCCUUUAGGUGAAAACGUGCUGAUGGAAACGAUCCAGCUGAUUUCUCAUUCGGUCAUACGAUCGGUGCUCUCGAUGCAUACUUUCAAGGAGCCGAACUCGACAUGAUAGCAAAAAAUGAUCAAAAGGCCACUUGGAUGCCUCUGGUAAGCUCAAGUCGAGCCAGCUCAGAUACUUCUUAUAUUAAUUUUCCCAAUAGCUGACCAGUUUUCCCGGCUUGUGCAAUACGUGUGAACGGACGGAACAAAUUGUGUCUUCGAUAACAGGAUACAGGACCCCCUAUAGCAAAGCAAUGCUCGAUUUUCAUCAGGUAAGUAUCUUUUCAUGAAUAUUAUUGCAAUCUAUCAAUGCUUAGCGUCUAUUAGUGGGCGGAAAGAAGUUGGCGCACAGCGCUUUCAAACAACGCAAGCCAGGAAAAAUCGACUUCUCCCUUCCCAAAUUUGGUCCAGACCAUGGUCAAUUCAAAUCUGCCUUCUUCUACAGCCUUGUCAGAAGCGACAGAAAAUCUAGGUCCAGGCACGGAUACAACCUCAGCAACUUUAGCUCACAUUUUGUGGGCUUUAGGAAGUAAUCCUGGGUUCCAGGAAGACUUAUUCCAGGAUCUUGUUACUGUAUCUUUUGCCACGGAUAUGACAACCUUAGAGGGUAUACCUAGAUUGCGGGCUUGUGUAAAAGAAGGUAUCCGAUGGACUAGUGCAGCUACCGCCAUGCUUCCUCGUCUUGCACCCGAGGGCGGAGCAGAAUUCUACGGGCACUUUUUACCAGAAAAUGUAAGGAUUCUCGCUUCCCUUUCUCGCUGAUGAAUUCCUCAACAAGCGCUGAUCCGGGAUUCUGUCGUAGACAGUAAUCAGCUCAUCGCCAGUUUGGUAUCUUCACGAUCCAGUCGCGUUUCCAAGGCCAAAGGAUUUCGAUCCGUACCGAUGGCUUACAUCUGACGGACAGAAUAUUAGAGAUGAUCCUCUACGGGAUAAAUUUUACAUACCAUUUUCCAAGGGUGCAAAUAUUUGUAUGGGCGCACAGUAAGUCCACCUCUCUUUCUUUGGUACUGCCUGAGCAUAAGACUUACAUGGAUAUCUCACAAGCUUUGCAUAUUUGGAACUGUUCCUGUCAAUAUCCCAAGUAAUCCGCAACUUCCGAGUACAAACGCAUCCUUGGUCUCAGCCUCGAUCGUAUCCAGACGAAGCAAAAGGGUCUAGCCCUGGAGUGUUCCAGCCUGUCGAAUUACCAAAUCGAAGAGAGUGGGUUGCAGCUGUGCCCACUGAACGUUUAAUGGUAGCGCUUGAACCAAGGUUAUGAAUGCAAGGUAGACUCACAGAGGCGAUCUUGAUUAUAUGGCCCUUUGUAAAGGAAGAGCAAGAGGCACCAGGCACACAAAUUGUGGGAUAACAAUUUCUUCUCCCUCGUUACAUUCAAGGUCAAACUUAAUCUUGGCUAAUAUUACCUA